AUGCCCAUGUCCCUACAUGAAGCUGUGGCUUUCCCGGAUGUGCCCGACACUUACACCGAGGCAGAGGUUCGAGCCGCCCUGGAUCGCGUGGGCUUGGCUGAGCUGGCGCAGAAGAGUCUGGAGAUCCAGAUGGAUGUCAACAGCACCCUCUCCGGUGGUGAAUUUCAGCGACUGCUCGUGGCACAUUGCCUUCUUGCGAGGCCAUCCUGGAUUCUGCUGGACGAGUCUAUGGCCCACAUGUCCACUAUUUGCCGCACUGAUCUGUACAAACUGCUCGUGGACGACCUCGUGAAAGGCAGCGGCGCUGGAAUCGUCAGCACCUGCCACAAUUGGCAAGAGCUUGCUAGCUUCCACGACCGCUUCUACCGCAUCGAGGAGAACGAGGCUGCCCGCCGCGUCGUGCCAUUCCAGCCGGACGGCAGCAGCGGCGGCGGCAAGGAGGAUAUUAUGGCCAAGGUGGAGAGCAAGGACAGGGAGAUUGCGAGAUUACGCACCGAGCUCCUCCAGCUCCAGCAGGGACCACCUCAAGUGAAACCGGCUGAGGCGUAG